ACGCUGAGGACCGGGAGAUACAUUGGUUUCCCCCCCCAUGCUGCACGCAAGAAAACAAACCGCGAAUCCCCGGCAGUGUACAGUCACACGCACGGAGACUGAUUGAUUGAUUAAUUAAUUGAUUGAUUGAUUGAUUGAUUGGCUGACGGGGACCUGGAGGUGCGAUCGCUCGUCCCCGGGGGUCGCAGCAGCAGAUCGUGAGGUUUCAUCUUGUUUACAAAGAGAGCUAGAAACACUGCGGAGCGAGCGGGGGGGGCGAGCCUCAUGAGUCGGCCAUCGACAAAAUGGAUUUAACUAAGAUGGGUGUGAUCCAGCUCCAGAACCCCAACCACCCCACGGCGCUGCUGCAGAAGGCCAACCAGAUGCGUCUGGCCGGGACGCUGUGUGACGUGGUCAUCAUGGUGGACACGCAGGAGUUCCACGCCCACCGGACCGUGCUCGCCUGCACCAGCAAGAUGUUCGAGAUCCUCUUCCACCGCAACAGCCAGCACUACACCCUGGACUUCCUCUCACCAAAGACCUUCCAGCAGAUUUUGGAGUACGCUUACACUGCCACGCUACAGGCCAAGGUGGAGGACCUGGACGACCUCCUGUACGCCGCCGAGAUCCUGGAGAUCGAGUACCUGGAGGAGCAGUGUCUGAAGAUCCUGGAGACCAUCCAGUCCUCGGACGAGAACGACGUGGCUAACGACGGCAGCACGGAGGAGGAUGAAGAGCGCAAGGGCCACAACGGAGCCAAGAACUCUAAACAGCAUUCCAUGGUGAGUCCCUAUCUGACCCAUUCCCAGCAGGUCUCCCUGUCUGGGAUGGUGGACCAGAGUCCCUCGGUGUCCACCUCCUUCAGCGUCUCCAGCCUGAGUCCCACCAAAGCUGCCGUGGACAGCCUGAUGAGCAUCGGCCAGUCUCUGCUGCAGCAGGGCUUCUCCGCCGAGCAAAUCGUCCAGGCCAACGCCCACCACCUGAUGACCGAGAUCAAGACGGAGAUGAUGCAAGUGGACAUGGGCGGCAACGGCCACGACAGCCCUCAGAACAUGGAGUCCAGCGCCUCCAGCAACGGAGAGCGAAGCGGCGAGGACCGGAACCGGGACGGCCCCGGCACGCCGACCCGGAGCAGCGUGAUCACCAGCGCCCGGGAGCUGCACUACGUCCGCGACGACGGCAUGGGCGACCACCACGCCGAGGUCAGCCAGAUGGGGCUGGAGGCGAUGGCCGGGAUGACGGAGAAGCACCUGGCUUCGCUGUACGCCCUACCCGUCAAUCACAAGUCAGACGGCAUCAUGUCCAUGCCGGUGUCCAUGGCCUCCGCCCUCCCCAUGUCCCCGGCCCUGGCCAUGUCCAUGGACUUCAGUGCCUACGGCGCCCUCCUGCCGCAGAGCUUCAUCCAGAGGGAGUUCUUCAGCAAGCUGGGGGAGCUGGCGGUCGGCCUGAAGCCGGACGGCAGGAACCAGCACGAGCGCUGCAAUGUGUGCGGAGCCGAGCUGCCAGACAACGAGUCCGUGGAGCAGCACAGGAAGAUGCACAGUGGAAUGAAGACCUACGGCUGCGAGCUGUGUGGGAAGAGCUUCCUCGACAGCCUCCGUCUACGGAUGCAUUUGCUGUCUCACUCAGCUGGUGAGAAGGCCAUCGUUUGUGACCAGUGUGGCGCCCAGUUCCAGACAGAGGAAUCCCUGGAGGCUCACCGAAAGAUCCACACCGGCUCGGACAUGGCGAUCUUCUGCCUGCUCUGUGGAAAGCGCUUCCAGACCCAGCCGGCGCUGCAGCAGCACAUGGAAGUGCACGCCGGAGUCCGCAGCUACAUCUGCAGCGAAUGCAACCGGACCUUCCCGAGCCACACGGCCCUCAAACGCCACCUCCGCUCACACACAGCGGGUGACCACCCUUACGAAUGCGAGUUCUGUGGGAGCUGCUUCCGAGACGAGAGCACGCUGAAGGGUCACAAGCGCAUCCACACCGGGGAGAAGCCCUAUGAAUGUAACGGCUGCGGGAAGAAGUUCAGCCUCAAGCACCAGCUGGAAACCCACUACCGCGUGCACACAGGUGAGAAGCCAUUUGAGUGCAAGCUGUGCCACCAGCGAUCCAGGGACUACUCGGCCAUGAUCAAGCACCUGCGCACCCACAACGGCGCCUCGCCCUACCAAUGCACCAUCUGCCUGGAGUACUGCCCCAGCCUGUCAUCCAUGCAGAAGCACAUGAAAGGCCACAAGCCUGAAGACGUGCCCCCAGACUGGCGCAUCGAGAAGACCUACCUUUACCUCUGCUACGUCUGAGUCCGGGAGAGUGAAGAGGGGAAGGGUACG